AAUCGAAAGCCCACAUAUUUCCCGGCCGAACACGACCAAUCACAGGCGACUUAUUUCUUCGGUCCUCGGCAAUGAGAGUUUAACCUUUGAUUCAAAUGCAUCAUCGUCGCUUUUCUCAAUUCACGACUUUAGGUACAUACUUGACACCCCUCUCCUUGACCAGAACGUCGAAUCGAGGAUAUACAGAGCGAGAGAGCCGUUAAAAAGUCGCAAUCCUCGACGAGUCACCUCUCCCCCUCUCAAUGGCUUCCAUCAUCCGCCCGACGCUGCUACGGCAGACAGCCCUAGCCGCUUCGACCCGGCGAGCCGCAACCGCCACCUUCUCCAGCAAGCUGAUCCGGCCUACGAUUGCGAACGAUGUCGCGCGCGUUGCCGCCUUCCACGCUUCCAGCCGAAGAAGCCUAUUGCCCCCAGGACCUCAGGUGAUCAAGGGAACUGUCAACGACCCUGCGCCCAUCCCCGAAACGAGUCCCACCCACGGCUCCUACCACUGGACUUUCGAGCGCCUUGUCGCGGCCGGCAUCAUCCCCCUCACCGUGGCGCCCUUCGCCGGUUCCUCUCUGAACCCCGGUCUAGACGCGAUUCUAUGCUCGCUGUUGCUAGUGCACUGCCAUCUCGGUUUCCAGUCCGUCCUGAUCGACUAUAUCCCCAUAUCCAGGUAUCCGAAGUCCCGCAAGGCCUCUAUGUGGCUCCUCAACGCCGCCACUGCUUUAGUCGGCAUCGGUCUGUACGAGUUUGAGACCAAUGACGUUGGGUUGACCGAGGCAGUGAAGAGAGUCUGGAAGGCUUAGAUCGGAAGAACGGAAGGGAAUCGGCAUUGGUCUAAUUGAAUCGAUAUGGUGAUAAGUACGACAUGGGGAACGAUAGCAAUUAAAGGGAGAAUGGCAGCAGGAGACGAGGGAAAGGAUGUGAUUAUGUAUGAAGCUACAUAACAUGGUACCAUGAAUCCGUUUGUGUUGUUGCAUGAAGCUUGUUGCUCGAAAGGGUUCGGACUAGGUCUCAGAAGCAAGGACUACUAGGAGCUCAUCCGUAUAUGUACGACCAAUUCAUAUAUAUGUAAACUUUUAUCAACCUGUCGUAUACGUCUGAUGAUUAUGGUACGAGAUCUGGGAUAAUAACCGUGCUCUCAUGGACCAAGCUUCACCAUCCUGGCUUCUUAGAUGGAUCUCAUGCCCCUCCCUAGUUCAUACUGGCCCCCCUGAAACUACAUCAAGUCAUAAACAUAGAUAUCUACAUUUACAAUACAUUCAGUACUAGAGAGUACGAGCACUUAAUUCUAUCA